CCUUAUUUUUUAUUUGAAAAUCUUUUGAUAAAUGCGUAUGGUUGCAUAUUUAUAUGAUAUAAUAAACAAUGGCUGGUAGUUUAAUUAAAACGUGUUUUAGAAACAGAAAUUGCACGAACCAAGCAAUCAACUAUAUUAAGUUACAGAACAAGCAAUACCUGCAUGCAACAAAAGUGUUGAAUCAUGGGGAGUUUGAAUGGCAAGAUCCCAAAUCGGAGGAUGAAGUAGUGAAUAUAACAUAUAUAACUAAAACUGGCGAGCGGGUGGCUGUGAGAGGGAAAGUUGGAGACAAUGUUCUGUAUUUGGCCCAUAGACAUGAAAUACCCAUGGAGGGUGCAUGUGAGGCAUCGUUGGCGUGCACCACAUGCCACGUAUACAUUCUGAAAAACUUUAACGACAAAUUACCGGACCCCACAGAGCAGGAAGAUGAUCUACUGGACAUGGCGCCAUUCCUCAAAGAAAACUCUCGACUAGGAUGCCAAAUUAUCUUAAACAAAGAUCUGGAUGGUUUAGAAUUGGAAUUACCAAAGGCAACAAGAAACUUUUAUGUAGAUGGUCAUACUCCUAAGCCUCAUUAGAUCAAUCUAUCAAUGAAGUGUUCAUUAAGGUGGCAAAUGCCAGAAGCAAUUUGAACUUGGGUUAUCACAAACUUGAAAUUCAGCAGAAUUGUUAACCUUGAUGAUCUUCAAGCUAGUCCAGAUAGGAUCAACAUUAUUGAUAUUUUAAGUGAAAAAAUGUGUACAGUUUAAAAUUGUACUCUUUGGAAUCUUAUUACAAGCUUUCUUGUUAUUGUUUUUAUGUAAAAGGGAAAUGAGAGAAAACUAGUAUUUUGAAACAUUUUAAUAAAAUAUAUACAUAUUUAACUCAA